AAGGCUGGAAACAUGGGAGAGAGGUGAGAUGACAAAUGGAAUUUUCAGGGGGAGGAACACCUCAUUCACUGACACUGCAGAGGUGGGGAAGGUGCUUUCAUAUGAUAGUCUCAUGUUUUUUAUGAUGUGGGAGAUUAGGUCCAUAGGUAACUUGGUCUACCCGAACUAACACUCUGCCUGAAUUCCCUUCUUUCAGAUUCCCUCUUCCUUUGGUCGGCACACAACUUGCUCUCCCUCCGACCUGCCGUCUGUGUCCUGCAGAAACCUUGUACCUACACUAUGGGAAGCGGUACCUCAACCCAACAUCACUUUGCUUUCCAGAAUGCAGAGAAUGCCUUCAGGGCAGCAACCCUCAUCCAGAGAUGGUACCGGCGCUACGCGGCACGGCUGGAGAUGAGGCGGCAUUGCACCUGGCGCAUCUUCCAGUCGAUAGAGUAUGCGGGACAGCAAGACCAGGUCAAGCUCCAUGACUUCUUCAGCUACCUUGUGGAUCACUUUACCCCCAGCAGCAACCAUGAGCGAGACUUCCUGAACCGCAUGUUUACUGAGGAGAGAUUCCCCCAGGAUGCUGAGAUGGAGAAACUCAGUGACUAUGAAUCUAUAGAGGUCCCGGACAGCUACACAGGGCCACAUCUCUCCUUCCCACUUCUUCCUGACCACGCGACUGCCCUGGUGGAAGCUUUCAGACUGAAACAACAGCUCCAUGCUCGCUACGUCUUGAAUCUUUUGCACGAAACCAGGAAACACCUGGUGCAACUGCCAAACAUCAACCGUGUCUCCACCUGUUACAGCGAGGAGGUCACCGUGUGCGGAGACUUACAUGGCCAGCUGGAUGACUUAAUAUUUAUAUUUUAUAAGAAUGGCCUCCCGUCACCAGAGAGGGCCUACGUCUUCAAUGGUGACUUCGUGGAUCGAGGCAAGGAUUCAGUGGAGAUCCUGAUGGUUCUUUUCGCCUUCAUGUUGGUUUACCCAAAAGAGUUCCAUCUUAACCGAGGAAACCAUGAGGACCAUAUGGUGAACUUACGAUAUGGCUUUACCAAGGAAGUGAUGCGUAAAUAUAAGACACAUGGCAAGAAAAUACUAAAAAUACUGCAAGAUGUUUUCUGUUGGCUUCCUCUGGCCACUCUGGUUGAUGAGAAAGUCCUGAUUCUUCAUGGCGGAGUGUCAGACAUGACCGACCUGGAGCUUUUGGCUAAACUAGACAGGCACAAGAUCGUCUCCACCCUGAGGCGCAAAACGAGGGAGAACGAGAAACCGGCGACGACGCAGAAGAAGGCCACCCCGCCGAGCUGCGCGGGGCGACCCACCCCGUGGUUUCUGCCCCAGAGCCGCUCUCUCCCCGCUUCGCCCCUGCGCCUGGGCUCCUGCGGGGCGCCCCGCGCCGGCCGCUCCUCUAGCAUUCCCUGCAGCGGCCCUGCCGACGCCGAGGAGCUGGCCCGGCGGGUGCGGCGCUCUGGGGACCUGGAGAUGGACAGGUGCCGACAGCAGGCAGGCUUCCUGGGGAGCCGGGCGCAGGGAGAGCUGCUGCUGGUCACGCCAGAAGCCGACUCGGACGCCGACGAGCCGCCGGAGCCCACUCAGGAGGAGUGGAAGCAGGUGGUCGAUAUCCUGUGGAGUGAUCCCAUGGCCCAGGAGGGCUGCAAGGCCAACACCGUUCGGGGAGGAGGCUGUUAUUUUGGACCUAAUGUGACCGAACAGCUGCUACAGAAAUACAACCUGCAGUUCCUGAUCCGCUCCCACGAGUGCAAACCUGAGGGCUACGAGUUCUGCCACAGCCGCAAGGUGUUAACCAUAUUUUCUGCCUCCAACUACUAUGAAGUUGGCAGUAACAGAGGCGCCUACGUCAAGCUGGGGCCGGCCCUGACUCCAUACAUCGUGCAGUAUCAGGCUAACAAGGCAACCCACAUGCUGACUAUGAGGCAAAGGAUUAGCAGAGUAGAGGAGUCGGCUCUGAGAUCUCUGCGGGAAAAGUUAUUUGCUCAUUCCUCCCAUCUUCUUGGUGAAUUUAAGAAGCAUGAUGCAGAUAAAACCGGUUUCAUCUCCCUUAGUGACUGGGCGGAAGCCGUGGAGUCUGUGGUGCGUCUAGGACUGCCCUGGCGGAUGCUGAGGCCACAGCUGGUGAGCAGUUCUAUGGAUAACACGUUGGAGUACAAGUCCUGGCUGGAGGACUUGGCCAAAGGACAAUUGAGCCAUGAGAAUAUACAGUCAAGUUUGCUGGAAACACUGUAUCGGAACCGAUCCAACCUGGAGACCAUCUUUAGGAUCAUAGACAGUGAUCAUUCAGGGUUCAUCUCACUGGACGAGUUCAGGCAGACUUGGAAGCUGUUCAGCUCUCAUAUGAACAUUGACAUCACAGAUGACUGCAUCUGUGACCUUGCCCGGAGCAUUGACUUCAACAAGGAUGGCCACAUCGAUAUCAAUGAGUUCCUGGAGGCCUUCCGCCUUGUGGAGCAAUCCUGCACAGAGGGCGAUACCUCAGAUUGCCCCCAGGCCACAAACACUAAGGGCAGUGGCUGCAGCAAGCCCGGCACACCCUAA